GAUAUUCAAAAGCGAUCAAAUGAGAUCAAACAGAUGUUUUGUCUCCUGGUCCCCUCAGUGACGUGCAAUCACCGUGCGCACCGCAGUCCUGCCGCUCGUGCGCGCGCUGCGCAGGUGUGUGACCGUGAGUGCGCGUGCGCGUCGUGGCCGGGGCUCUUGAGUAGCACGCGAGUGUGUCCCGUUUUACGGCUGUCAUGUCCAAACUUGAGCAGAUUCUGAUCCUCGACCCGUCGAGCGACCUCCGUUUCAGAGGACCUUUCACAGAUGUGGUGACCACCAACCUGAUGUUGAGUAACCCGUCUGACAAAAGAGUAUGUUUCAAAGUGAAGACCACAGCUCCUCGCCGUUACUGCGUGCGGCCCAACAGCGGCGUCAUCGAUCCCGGCAGUUCGGUCACCAUCUCAGUAAUGCUGCAGCCGUUCGAUUACGACCCAAAUGAGAAGAGCAAACACAAGUUCAUGGUGCAGACAAUUUUUGUGCCGCCAAGCGCCACAGACGUGGAAGCGAUGUGGAAAGACGCCAAACCAGACGACCUGAUGGACUCGAAACUGCGCUGUUUGUUUGAAAUGCCUGCAGACAACGACAAGAUGAAUGAGCUGGAGUCAUCCAAAGCUGCGACGGUUCUGAGCUCGUCUAAGGCCGAUGGCACGUCAGGAGCGAUGGACGACGCCGAGAUGAGGAAAGUCCUGGAGGAAUGCAAGAGACUGCAGACAGAAGUGGGCAAACUGCAGGAUGUAAACCGCCAACUCAAGGAUGAAGGGUUGAGGAUGAGGAAGGCCAAUCAGUUCGACAGCUCCGUCUCUAAGUCUUCAGCGAUGCUGAGCAAAGAGCCCGCCUCCAGAUCCCUCCCGUCGCUGCUGGUCAUCCUCGCUGCCAUCUUCAUCGGGUUCUUCCUAGGGAAGUUUGUCUUGUAAAGGUUCACCGAUCGCGUUUCCCGGUCCUGAAGAGCAAAGCGUGCGUUCUUGUCGAUAACCGUUGCACAAGUGCUGUCGUGCGCUAAAGCAGCGGAAAUAAACGUGUCUGUGUACGGGAUCAUUCACACGGGCCUUGCUAUUCACACACGGUUAACGCACGCACACACACACACACACACAGACACGCAGACAGACAGACACACACUCACACACACACACACUCACUCACUCACUGACACACACGCAGACAGACAGACACACACUCACUGACACACACUUACAGACAGACACACACACAGACAGACAGACACACACUCACUGACACACACUUACAGACAGACACACACACAGACAGACGCACACACUCACUGACACACACACUUACAGAUACACACGCAGACAGACAGACAGACACACGCACACACUUACACAUACGCAGACAGACACACACUUACACACACACGCAGACAGACACACACUUACACACACACGCAGACAGACACACACUUACACGUGCGCACAGACAGACACACAUGCAGACAGACACAUUAAACACACAGACACACUUACACAGACAGACACACACAGACAGACAGACAGACACAUUAAACACCCACACGCAGACAGACACACUUACACACUUACAUCCACAGAAACGCGAGUCGUUCGGUUCUCCCUAUUUUUCGCUUUCUGUGGUUCCGGGUGGGUUUUUCUGGGGUCGGGAAGAACAAACAUCACUAGCAGCUCAGAGAAGGCACGAGUCCUUCGUGGGAAUUGAAACUAAAAACAAAUGUAAGAAUGAAUAAAAGGACACGUUUUCUCUCUCUCUGUGGUUUUAUUAAGAGUUUAAUGAAUGUUUUAAAUGUCAUGUACAUGUUGUUUUCAUUCUUUGGAGAUAUAAUAAACAAACCAAUAGUCUUGCUGAUGGUGACAUUAAACACUGAAUUCCACAUUUCCGUUCUUGAAUGUGACGACGGGGAAACAGUCUGCCUCCUGUAUCUCGUGUGUCUUUCCUCAAACCCACCGACACAAACGCCAGUUCAAUCAGUUUCCUUUAUGCAAAUGAUAUAUUAGAGGCAACUUGACUGAAGCCAAUCACCAUUUACAGUCCCGUGAUAUUCAACAUUGCUGA